AUGAUUAGGGAGUCAGUAAGUGAUUUAGGGAGCUUUAUCUCACGUUCAACCCUCGAAAAGUGGGUUUAUGUGGAUGCUGGCAAAGGAACUCAGCUGUCACCUUCCCAAGGCAGACUAAACAAGACCCAUACAAAGUCCAUGGAAGAAUUAUCCAUGUCUUUUUCUUCCUUCCCUUCUCCUGUUCGUUGCCUUGCUUCCAUGUCUUUUCAUUUCUGUUUUGCUUUUGCUUUUUCGCCCCCUUCCCUCUGGGUAUUUGCUUGUUUUGUAUACUCCAUAUACUGUAGGCCCGAAUUUUGGGAGUAUCUUUAG